CCCCGGCAGGAUAGUCCUCCUGAGCCUGCGCUGCCCGGCGCCGAAAGGCCUAGACUAGCGAGUGCUGCCGCGCCACCGGGGCCCACCUGCGCGGGGCUGCUCGGCCUCAGGCUCUCUGGGCUGCCCUCCCCUGCUCCGUCCGCAGGCGGGCGGCGACGGGAGGGGGCGCGGGCUGUGUGCGGUGGGGCGGGCGGCGGCCGCGCGGCUUCCCCGAGGCAAGAGGCGGGGCGGGCGGGCCUCGUGUGGCGCAGGGGGCGGACCCGCCAGCUGCCUGCGCCGCUCGCGGCUCGCUCGCACUCGGCGGUGCGGCGGGGCAGGCAUGGGAGCCGCGCGCGCCCUCCCGGCGCCCACACCUGUCUGAGCGGCGCAGCCAGCCGCGGCCCGGGCGGGCUGCUCGGUGCGGAACAGUGCUCAGCAUGGCGGGGAUUCCAGGGCUCCUCUUCCUUCUCUUCCUCCUUCUGCUCUGUGCUGUUGGGCAAGUGAGCCCUUACAGUGCCCCCUGGAAACCCACUUGGCCUGCGUACCGCCUCCCUGUCGUCUUGCCCCAGUCUACCCUCAAUUUAGCCAAGCCAGACUUUGGAGCGGAAGCCAAAUUAGAAGUAUCCUCUUCAUGUGGACCCCAAUGUCGUAAGGGAACUCCACUUCCCACUUACGAAGAGGCCAAGCAGUAUCUGUCUUAUGAAACGCUCUAUGCCAAUGGCAGCCGCACGGAGACGCAGGUGGGCAUCUACAUCCUCAGCAGUAGUGGAGGUGGGGCCCAGCACCGAGACUCAGGGUCUUCAGGAAAGUCUCGGAGGAAGCGGCAGAUUUAUGGCUAUGACAGCAGAUUCAGCAUUUUUGGGAAGGACUUCCUGCUGAACUACCCUUUCUCAACCUCAGUGAAGUUAUCCACAGGCUGCACCGGCACCCUGGUGGCGGAGAAGCAUGUCCUCACAGCUGCCCACUGCAUACAUGAUGGAAAAACCUAUGUGAAAGGAACCCAGAAGCUUCGAGUGGGCUUCCUGAAGCCCAAGUUUAAAGACGGUGGUCGAGGGGCCAACGACUCCACUUCAGCCAUGCCUGAGAAGAUGAAAUUUCAGUGGAUCCGGGUGAAACGCACCCAUGUGCCCAAGGGCUGGAUCAAGGGCAAUGCCAAUGACAUUGGCAUGGAUUAUGACUAUGCCCUCCUGGAACUCAAAAAGCCCCACAAGAGAAAAUUUAUGAAGAUUGGGGUGAGCCCUCCAGCUAAGCAGCUACCAGGGGGCAGAAUCCACUUCUCUGGUUACGACAAUGACCGACCAGGUAAUUUGGUGUAUCGCUUCUGCGAUGUCAAAGAUGAGACCUAUGACCUGCUCUACCAGCAAUGUGAUGCCCAGCCAGGGGCCAGCGGGUCAGGGGUCUAUGUGAGGAUGUGGAAGAGACAGCAGCAGAAAUGGGAGCGAAAAAUUAUUGGCAUCUUUUCAGGACACCAGUGGGUGGACAUGAAUGGCUCCCCACAGGAUUUCAAUGUAGCUGUCAGAAUCACCCCUCUCAAAUAUGCCCAGAUUUGCUAUUGGAUUAAAGGAAACUACUUGGAUUGUAGGGAGGGGUGACACAGCAUUCCUUCCUGGCAGCACUUAAGGGUCUUCAUGUACUUAUUUUAGGAGAGGCUAAAUUGUUUUUUGUCAUUGGCGUGCACGUGUGUGUGUGUGUGUGUGUAUGUGUGUGUAAUGUGUCAUAUAAUCUACCUAAUUUCUUAAGAUUGCAAGAUGACUGGCUUUAUCAUUUGAAAACCGGUUUAUGUAUCAUAUCAUAUCGUUUAAGCAGUUUGAAGACCUACUUUCACAUAGAUUAAAAAAAUACUGUAUGUUUGGGGCAAUGGAGAAUAUUUGACAAUUAAGAUUAAGUUAAUCCUUCACAUUUUUUAAAACUUUGAUUUUUAUUUCAUCUGAACUUAUUUCAAAGGUUUAAAUUAAAUAUUUGGCAUACAAGAGAUAUGAA